ACCUCUUAGCAACUUGAAAUUCCACCACGAGAGAUAUCUUUAUUCCGCUAUUCCUGUGCAUCUGCACGGAGCCCCUAGGGCCAUAGAUUUGUGUGCAAAUGAAAUGAGGAUGUAGUCUGGGUGCCCAAGGAGGGGUGCCUUGAGUGUGGUUGUCUGUAUGCCUCCCUGAGGGUAUUUCACUUUCUGCUCCCAUCCGCCCCUAUGAGCGAGUACCUAUGAGCACAGGAUGUGCACAUAUUUGAGUCUUAUUAGUGGUACACGCAGUUUUAUCAUCUCCCCAGGUCUGUGUAUGAAAUGUGCAUGGGUGUGUGUGUGCACGCGUGUGUUCCCACUCGGGGAAUGUGGGGAGAGGUGCAUGGAGCCAAGAUGGGUGGUAAAUAGUAUGUUUCUGAAAUUAAAGGACUAAUGUGGAGGAAGGCGCCCCAGAUGUACUAAACCCUUUGCCCUUCAUCUCAUCCUCUCUGACUUGGGAAGAACCAGGAUUUUGUUUUUAAGCCCUUGGGCAUACAGUUGUUCCAUCCCGACAUGAACUCAGCCUCCCGUCUGACCGCCCCUUGGCCUUCCUUCUUCCUCGAUCUGUGGAACCCAGGGAAUCUGCCUAGUGCUGUCUCCAAGCACCUUGGCCAUGAUGUAAACCCAGAGAAAUUAGCAUCUCCAUCUCCUUCCUUUUUCCCCACCCAAAAGUCAUUUCCUCUUAGUUCAUUACCUGGGAUUUUGAUGUCUAUGUUCCCUCCUCGUUAUUGAUACACACACAGAGAGAGACAAACAAAAAAGGAACUUCUUGAAAUUCCCCCAGAAGGUUUUGAGAGUUGUUUUCAAUGUUGCAACAAGUCAGUUUCUAGUUUAAGUUUCCAUCAGAAAGGAGUAGAGUAUAUAAGUUCCAGUACCAGCAACAGCAGCAGAAGAAACAACAUCUGUUUCAGGGCCAUUGGACUCUCCAUCCUGCCCAGAGCAAGAUGUGUCACCAGCAGUUGGUCAUCUCUUGGUUUUCCCUGGUUUUUCUGGCAUCUCCCCUCGUGGCCAUAUGGGAACUGAAGAAAGAUGUUUAUGUCGUAGAAUUGGAUUGGUAUCCGGAUGCCCCUGGAGAAAUGGUGGUCCUCACCUGUGACACCCCUGAAGAAGAUGGUAUCACCUGGACCUCGGACCAGAGCAGUGAGGUCUUAGGCUCUGGCAAAACCCUGACCAUCCAAGUCAAAGAGUUUGGAGAUGCUGGCCAGUACACCUGUCACAAAGGAGGCGAGGUUCUAAGCCAUUCACUCCUGCUGCUUCACAAAAAGGAAGAUGGAAUUUGGUCCACUGAUAUUUUAAAGGACCAGAAAGAACCCAAAACUAAGACCUUUCUAAGAUGCGAGGCCAAGAAUUAUUCAGGACGUUUCACCUGCUGGUGGCUGACGACAAUCAGUACUGAUUUGACAUUCAGUGUCAAAAGCAGCAGAGGCUCUUCUGACCCCCAAGGGGUGACGUGCGGAGCUGCUACACUCUCUGCAGAGAGGGUCAGAGGGGACAACAAGGAGUAUGAGUACUCAGUGGAGUGCCAGGAGGACAGUGCCUGCCCAGCUGCUGAGGAGAGUCUGCCCAUUGAGGUCAUGGUGGAUGCUGUUCACAAGCUCAAGUAUGAAAACUACACCAGCAGCUUCUUCAUCAGGGACAUCAUCAAACCUGACCCACCCAAGAACUUGCAGCUGAAGCCAUUAAAGAAUUCUCGGCAGGUGGAGGUCAGCUGGGAGUACCCUGACACCUGGAGUACUCCACAUUCCUACUUCUCCCUGACAUUCUGCGUUCAGGUCCAGGGCAAGAGCAAGAGAGAAAAGAAAGAUAGAGUCUUCACGGACAAGACCUCAGCCACGGUCAUCUGCCGCAAAAAUGCCAGCAUUAGCGUGCGGGCCCAGGACCGCUACUAUAGCUCAUCUUGGAGCGAAUGGGCAUCUGUGCCCUGCAGUUAGGUUUUGAUCCAGGAUGAAAAUUUGGAGGAAAAGUGGAAGAUAUUAAGCAAAAUGUUUAAAGACACAACGGAAUAGACCCAAAAAGAUAAUUUCUAUCUGAUUUGCUUUAAAAUGUUUUUUUUAGGAUCACAAUGAUAUCUUUGCUGUAUUUGUAUAGUUAGAUGCUAAAUGCUCAUUGAAACAAUCAGCUAAUUUAUGUAUAGAUUUUCCAGCUCUCAAGUUGCCAUGGGCCUUCAUGCUAUUUAAAUAUUUAAGUAAUUUAUGUAUUUAUUAGUAUAUUACUGUUAUUUAAUGUUUGUCUGCCAGGAUGUAUUGAAUGUUUCAUGACCCGGUCCAUCAGGAUCAGUCCCUAUUAUGCAAAAUGUGAAUUUAAUUUUAUUUAUACUGACAACUUUUCAAGCAAGGCUGCAAGUACAUCAGUUUUAUGACAAUCAGGAAGAAUGCAGUGUUCUGAUACCAGUGCCAUCAUACACUUGUGAUGGAUGGGAACGCAAGAGAUACUUACAUGGAAACCUGACAAUGCAAACCUGUUGAGAAGAUCCAGGAGAACAAGAUGCUAGUUCCCAUGUCUGUGAAGACUUCCUGGAGAUGGUGUUAAUAAAGCAAUUUAGGGCCACUUACACUUCUAAGCAAGUUUAAUCUUUGGAUGCCUGAAUUUUAAAAGGGCUAGAAAAAAAUGAUUGACGAGCCUGGGAAACAUAACAAGACCCCGUCUCUACAAAAAAAAUUUAAAAUUAGCCAGGCGUGGUGGCUCAUGCUUGUGGUCCCAGCUGUUCAGGAGGAUGAGGCAGGGGGAGCUCUUGAGCCCAGGAGGUCAAGGCUAUGGUGAGCUGUGAUUGUGCCACUGCAUACCAGCCUAGGGGACAGAAUGAGACCCUGUCUCAAAAAAAAAAAAAAAUGAUUGAAAUUAAAAUUCAGCUUUAGCUUCCAUGGCAGUCCUCACCCCCACCUCUCUAAAAGACACAGGAGGAUGACACAGAAACACCAUAAGUGUCUGGAAGGCAAAAAGAUCUUAAGAUUCAAAAGAGAGGACAAGUAGUUAUGGCUAAGGACAUGAAAUUGUCAGAAUGGCAGGUGACUUCUUAACAGCCAUGUGAGAAGCAGACAGAUGCAAAGAACAUCUGGAAUCCCUUUCUCAUUAGCAUGAAUGAACCUGAUACACAAUUAUGACCAGAAAGUAUGGCUCCAUGAAGGUGCUACUUUUAAGUAAUGUAUGUGCUCUCUGUAAAGUGAUUACAUUUGUUUCCUGUUUGUUUAUUUAUUUAUUUAUUUUUGCAUUCUGAGGCUGAACUAAUAAAAACUCUUCUUUGUAAUCA